CAUAGGGCUUUGAAGUGCUGUCCCGGAGUCACUGCUGUAGCCUCGUGUAUGAUAGGGAAUGCACUACAGGAGCUCAGAGCCGCGUAUUGUUCUCUCUGGAGCCCGACCCACGGUAACAGCUGAUCCUCAGUCCCGAUGCUGUGGACGGGAGCUCGGCUCUUGAACUUGCACUGAGGCCAAAUUUAUCGUUGCACCGGAAAGCGAAGCGCGGCUGGAGAAUAGGAGGCAGCCUACAGACACAAUACUAAUGCGACUGCAAACACGAGGUAAUGUUGAUGUUUGAGAGGCGAUCCAAGUGAGUAAACGGACGAGCACUGACGGCGAUGAGACGCGUUUCUGGAGCUCGAUGGAAGCGAGAUUAACACAUGGGGUACAGGCGGAAUGCUAAUGUAUGAUGGCAGGUUGGACAUGCACGGUGUGCGGACUGAAACAGGUUGGUUUCUCCUCGAUCAAACUUCAGCCUGAUCAGACGUGGGACGAUCGGCGCGCAUUACGGUGCUGAAGAAGAUGAACUGAGUCAGUGUUACGCGCCUGGAGAUGACAGCAGGCUGGGAAACUGCGCUCCGUCGUUCACUGGACUUUUACUGGAUUUAGAGGGUUAUCCUCUUCGCUACAUGUGGGUGAAGGUCACCCCCUUUUACUGACCCGGAUAUCCUUCAGAUCUGAGUGUGUGUUGCAAAACAACAGAUGGAUGUCCUGUGUAAUGGAGCAAAGAAACCUGAGGGCGCAGAUCCCCUUUUAGACCCCCAGCCUCCGCCUGCCAAGCUGGCUAGACUGGAGUAUAACGGAGCGGGACCCUCUGCCCAGGAGAGAAGCAGGCAGGGGAGCCCCGUGGCCAAAAACCUCGGCCUGGCCCAGAAGCCCACAGCAGUGAGGCCACAGAGCAAGAGCUGGCACACCAAAGGGAGUCUGCUGCCUGUGUUCUGCGUGGUGGAGCACAAGGAGAUCGCUCCGGAAAGAGAGAGGAGAGAAGAACACGCUGAGUUUGUGUUGGUCAAAAGAGACCUGCUGUUUAACCAGCUGAUAGAGAUGGCCCUGCUGACGCUCGGUUACUCGCACAGCUCCGCCGCACAGGCCAAAGGUCUGAUCCAGGUGGGCAGGUGGAACCCUGUGCCUCUGUCCUGUGUAACAGAUGCUCCUGAUGCCACAGUGGCGGAUAUGCUGCAGGAUGUUCACCAUAUUAUCACCCUUAAAAUCCAGCUGCACAGUUGUCCCAAAUUGGAGGACUUGCCCGCAGAGCAGUGGAGUCACUCUACAGUGAGAAAUGCUUUGAAGGAACUCCUCAAGGACAUGAACCAGAGCACCCUAGCUAAGGAGUGCCCACUGUCCCAGAGUAUGAUAUCAUCUAUUGUAAAUAGUACUUACUAUGCAAACGUCUCAGCUGCCAAGUGUCACGAGUUCGGUCGAUGGUACAAGCACUUCAGGAGGACCAAAAGCUUCAAGGAUAUUGACAACUUCUCUGAACAGUCCACGCACGUCACCCUGACCCAGCAACCAAUCACAAGUAGCCCAGCCGAGCAGAGCUCCACCCUUCUUUUCUCUCGUGGAGAAGUAGCCAACAUAUGUGGCCGUUCCCCCCUUGGCCUGCGCCCUCACAGCUUAGUGACCCAACCGCUCAGCUCUCAAAUGGUCAACCAGCAGCUAGUGAUGGCCCAGUUUCUCAACCAGCAGUACGCUGUUAGCCGCAUGCUAGCCGGGCAGGGUCACCCAUCGCCCCCACAGCAGUAUCUCAAUCAUCCGCCUGUAGGGAGGGCACCUCCUAAGGUCUUCUCCCAUCCACCUGAAUCUCAAGCCCCGCAACAGGCACACUGUGGCCCCGGAGGAGCUGCACCCGGACCACAAAUCCAUACAUCAGCCGGGUCCUCCGUGGGGCUAACAGACGUGACAAGUGACAUCUACCACUGUGUGAGGGAGGAGCUGAAGAGAGCGGGCAUCUCUCAAGCCAUCUUUGCUCGAGUUGCAUUUAACAGGACCCAGGGCUUGUUGUCUGAGAUCCUGCGGAAGGAGGAAGAUCCUAAGCACGCCUCUCAGUCUCUUCUGGUAAACCUGCGAGCCAUGUACAGCUUUCUGCAGCUGCCUGAAGCCGAGAGGGAGCGGAUCUACCAGGAGGAGAAAGACAGGAGCCUGACUGGAUUCACCCCCAGCUGCAACAACACGCCACCAAGACCUACACAGGCGAGACUGUCCCCAGUUGCAGGAGACAGAAGUAUAAGGACAGACAGUUGUGUUCUCAACGUGAGCGCUUCUAUCUACGAGGAGAUUCAGCACGAGAUGAAGAGAGCCAAAGUGUCUCAGGCUCUGUUCGCAAAGGUGGCUGCCUCCAAGAGUCAGGGCUGGCUGUGUGAGCUGCUGCGUUGGAAGGAGGAUCCCAGCCCAGAGAACCGGACCCUGUGGGAGAACCUGUGCAUGAUCCGCCGCUUCCUCAGCCUGCCGCAGACAGAACGAGACGCCAUCUACGAGCAGGAGAGCAGCAACACAACUGCACAGCAGCACUGCAGUGACAGACUUGCACUGCUCAGCAACGACAACGCACUGUACCAACGCAACUCUCCUCUACCACCUCAACACCACCUUCAACCCCAUCAGCCCCUGCAGCCGGAGGCAGCCCCUUACCUGUCUCCACAGCAACCAUGUGCCGCAUCACCGGCCGAGUCCGAGGCUGGGGGAAACUGGGGGCACAUGAGAGUGCGUCAUCAGGGCAGGAGCUGUAGUAAUAGUGAGAGAGGGAACAGUAAGGAGUGCAUUGAGGAGGGACGAGGAGAUAAGAGCACGGUCGGAGGGGACUGGAGUUGUACAGGAAGGUUUAGGGAAAAAGGAACUGAAGGCAAAGAGCUGGUGAAGGAAGGAAACGAAGGUGAGGUAGGAAUAAGUGAGAUAAAUGGAAACGGAAAAGGGGAUGGGGUUGAGGAGAAAUUUACCAUAAAGUGGUCCAGAUCGAAGGAUGAGGACCAAGAUGGGGCCAGGGUGUGUUUAGAGUCAGAUAAUUCAGUUCAAGGAGGAGAUGAGGUCCAGGGGGAGGGGCUAAGAGUGUCCCAAGAGGCGCUAGGAAUCCUGCAGAGCUUCAUCCAGGAUGUGGGCCUCAACCCAGACGAGGAGGCGGUCCACACCUUAUCAGCUCAGCUGGGUCUGCCCAAACACACAAUCCGAAGGUUCUUCAACAGCCAGGACCAGGAGCAGCAUCAACACAGCAGCCUGAGCCCUAAACACAGUGAAGGCAAGCAGGAAAGCCUCGCACAGACUGCUGAACGAACAGAGGAGCAGGAGCAGGAAAGGGAUGGAGAGACUGAAAGAGAAGAAAAGGAGGAGACACAAACAUGCAGAAGUGAAUUAACUAUUUCAAAAGAAUCAGAUGCUGGGACUCAAACUAUUCCAUCCGUCAAGGCGGAGCAAGAGAGCAACAUCUAAAGACUAAAAAGUUGACCUACUGUAAAUAUUGUACAAAGACAGUUCAACUACAGUAUACUUAAAAAAAAGCUGUCUUUUGAUUGGAGGAUUCCUUCUGUAAUUGAGAGACAGAAAACAACUGUGCAGAUAACUUUAUAAAACAUUGUUCCUGUGUAGAUUCAUGUCUGGAUGAAUGGGACCCAGUAAAAAAAGCUGCAGAUUACAUAUCACUACUGAAAUCUUACAAUCAUAGCUGGCUGAUUGAUGAAGUUUGAGAUUAAUGCCAGUAAUGCCUUGUGGAAAGUGGCACCUCCUGUUUUUUAUGAUCAAUAUCGCCUUUGUUUUUGUUUUUUUAUGGGGGGGGGGGUGAGAUUUGGUCAAAGGCCUUGUUCUUCAAGUUUGUUUGUCACAGCUUAUGAGAAGAUCACGCCUUUCUGAUUCGAUUUGAAAUUGGAUGACAUUUUUGCAGCUAAUAAAAAGCAUUUCAAAAUCACCCUUUUAGUAAAUGAUACGACAUCCUCUUCAAUAUGUCACCGCAUUUCUUGAUUACUCAAUAGAUGAAUUACUGGAUGUGUUACCACACUUCUACACACGUAUUACAAGCAUCUCCCCUGCAAAUCAGUCCAGUUCUGCUCCUAUUUCUCCCCUUUAUUCACAUUGUCAAUAUUUGUUAUGCACCUGAAUUAAGUAUUUCUAUUGAUGCAUGAAUUUCUAAUUCUCCCACCCAACAGUAGGUAUGUUCUUUGAGGUUGAGUGUUACGUUGAAACAUGUUGUGGUCUUCCUUUUGUGAUGAUUAAUCAUCCAAACAAACUGUAGCAGAGACAGAAACAUCAAUAAUUUGAGUGUUAUAAAAUGUCUAAAAAGUGAACUCAGUUGUUCCCCUUUUAUGUUUCACAUGGAGUGCACAAUGUUUAAUGUUUCUUCCUGAAAGACAAAUCGUGGACUAGAAUAUAAGACUGAAGCUGUGCAGUGUGCACAUGAAAUGUGUAAAUUAAAAGAAUGCACUUUUAUUCACAAAGAAA